CCAGCCCAAUUAGCAAGGCCCACUCCAAGCCGACUCUUGAGUUUUGUGUUUAUCUUCCACUACAAAUGAUCGAUCUGACAAAGAAAACCCUAAAUUGCUCCACCACUUUUAAAAUCAGGAACGGAAGACGAAAUUUGCUGGAGCAGAAGUUGAUUUGGAGAGAAAACCAGGAAGUUUUAGACGAAAGCCCACUUUUCUGCUCGUUUUCUUGAAUCAGCAGAACCCUAAAUCGAUCUUCAUCGUUAUUCCGAUCUAAAACUCAAGAAGAAUCAUUUACCCUGUUGUGCUGGAAGUUUGUAUUUCAUCAACAAAGCAUAUUUGUGACAAUAUAUAAGGUGCUAUAAAUAUUUAAACACAUUAACCAUGAAGUCAACUCGAAAGGACUGGUUCAACCAUAUCAAUGAUGAGGAACCAAAACUGGUAAUUCCAAUUGGCCCGCGUUUUCAAGCUGAUGUGCCUGAGUGGACCGGCCCACCUCGUAAAAACAAGGGUUCCCUUUCUGAAUUAGACUCUUCUAAAUGGUUAGGCACUGUGAUAUGGCCGAUAAAAAAUACGACCCCUGGAAUUGAAGGGUGUGCCAUAGGGAAAGGAAGACCGGAAUCUUGUGGCUGUAUGACCCCUGGUUCCGUAUUAUGUGUUAAGCGCCAUAUCAUCGAAAAAACGAACCACCUACAAACGGUCUUGGGACCCGCUUUUCAGAAAUGGAAGUUUGAUCUAAUGGGAGAAGCGGUUGCCAAAUUAUGGAAGCAAGAAGAAGAGCAAAGGCUAACCCAUCUUAUGAAAAAUAAUCGAUUUUUAGAAGGUCAGGAUUUCAUUAAGCCUGCUUUGAGAUGUUUUCCGUUAAAAUCGAAGGAAGAUAUAGUUAACUUUUACUUCAACGUAUACAUCCCUAGAAAAAUGAGUAUACAAACAAGAUUGGGAUGCAAGAUGGUUAAUACUGACGAUGAUCAAGAAGAGAAGCCAAAGAAUCCUUAUAAGGGUUCUAGAAAGAAGGCUCGAGUUGAUUGUGUAACCGUGUAUGGUCCUAAACUUGUGAAGGCGAGGUAUUUGACCGGAAGAAGAUGAUCUUAUAUUGGAAAUACUUUAGGUGAAAUUUGGAACAUAUACUACUACUCAUGUUUGAAGAACAAAAAAAGUGAGUUUUGUCGCUCGCAAUGUUCGUAUUUUCAUUUCCCUCACACUUGAGUUAAUUUGGGAAUAUAUAUUGAAGAGGGGAGGGGAUGGAGUUUUGCCCUAUAAGAUUGACAUACUCAACUUCUUUUCUUUUCGUUUGAUUUUUCUAGAUAUGGUUUAUGGCCAUAUAAAUAUUUUUCUUGCUCGUGCUAAUUGUAGGUUUUCUUUAGACAGUUUUUCGUAAACACGGUUUUACUUUUUUUUU